UGUAGGGGAGGGUCAGGGUGAGGGAAUGAGUGAGGGAGAGAGAAAGGACAGGAGGAGGUGAAAACCACUACAGCUGAGCCACCACCUCCCCGCCCAGGCUGAGUGAAGAUGCUCAACUUGGAUUGGCGGGAAAGGGUCAGGAGCUACAGGGCCACUGGAGACAGUCGCACUUAGCCCAGCCGGCGCCUGAGGUGUAUCAGCGCCCGCCCUGUCUGCCCUCGCCAUGGGUGCCUCCAACUCCUGGGCUCUGGCCCUCCAAGGCUUCUUUGCAUCCCGGGUCCCCCGGCAGCUGCGGACCACCUGGCUCGGCAUCGCCGCACUGGGACUGGCCGCGGUGGCGCUGGGGACCGUGGCCUGGCGUCGCACGCGUCCCCGGCGCCGGCGGCUGCAGCAGGUGGGGACGGUGUCGCAGCUCUGGAUCUACCCGAUCAAGUCCUGCAAGGGGGUGUCGGUGAGCGAGGCGGAGUGCACCGACAUGGGACUGCGCUGUGGUCACCUGCGUGACAGGUUUUGGCUUGUGAUCAAUGAAGACGGGAACAUGGUCACUGCCCGGCAGGAACCUCGCUUGGUCUUGGUUUCCCCGACCUGUGACAAUGACACCUUGACUCUCAGUGCAGCCUACACAAAGGACCUGCUGCUGCCCAUCACGCCGCCCGCCACAAACCCGCUCCUCCAAUGCAGAGUGCACGGUCUGGAGGUGCAGGGCAGGGAUUGCGGGGAGGAAGCCGCUCAGUGGAUCACCAGCUUCCUGAAGACGCAGCCCUGUCGCCUGGUGCACUUCGAGCCCCACAUGAACCCCAGACGUUCUCAGCUGCUGAAGGCUCGGUUCCGGCCCACGGACCAUGUGGCCUACUCAGAUGUAAGCCCGUACCUGGUCCUGUCUGAAGCAUCCUUGGAAGAUCUCAACUCCAGGAUGGAGAAGAAAGUGAAAACUAUUAACUUCAGGCCCAACAUUGUCAUUUCAGGAUGUGAUGUUUUCGCAGAGGACUCUUGGAAUGAACUCCUCAUUGGGGAUGUGGAACUGAAACGGGUGAUGGCUUGCACCAGGUGCCUUUUAACGACGGUGGAUCCGGACACCGGCAUCAUGGACGGAAAGGAGCCACUGGAAACACUGAAGAGCUACCGGCUCUGUGACCCUUCGGAACAGCCAUUAUACGGAAAGCUACCCCGCUUUGGACAAUAUUUUUCUCUGGAAAAUCCAGGGACAGUCAAAGUGGGAGACCCCGUGUACCUUCUGAGCCAGUAAUGGGAAUUGCACGUUCUGGAACAACAGAUGUCUCUCAGAAACAUUUUGAAGCUGACAUCGCUUGAAAUUGGUUCUUCAGCCUUUUCUUUGGGGCUGUGAUUUCCAAGUUUUCCUCUUUCAGAUUUCCUUCUGUCUUGGUCUCUCGUUUUCUGGGUCCAGCACACAAAGCAGAGAAAGGCAGUCCUGCAAACUUAGCAGGGCGCCGUCGAGUUUCUUGAAGGAUGAAGGGAUUAUCAAAAUGCUCUGUUUAUAAUUAUGUAGUAAUUUUUCUACUUCUGCAUUCUCUUGCCAAGGCAGCAGAUGUCCAUCAUCUCCCUACCCCUCUUUUGGGAAGGGAAAGAAAACAGGAGGAAGACUGUAAGCCAGAAGAAUGUUCCAGAAUGUUUUGCUACCCCUGGACAUGAUGCAUACAAUGGAAAUUAAAUACUUUCCCAAGUAA